AUGGAAACGUCAACGUUGGAACGUAUAUCGUCCAUAUGUGACCUCGGAGUCAUGAUCGAUUCGAAACUACGAUUCAUUGAGCACGUGGACAUUAUGACGGCUAAAGCUUUCUCUGUGCUGGGAUUCAUUCGCCGUCAUGCAAACGAGUUUACCGACGAUUACGUUUUAAAGACACUGUAUUGUUCGUUGGUACGAAGCAUUCUGGAGUACGCUGCCCCUGUUUGGUCUCCCUUUUACGUAACUCAUACACUGAUGAUCGAACGGAUGCAGAAAAAGUUUCUACGUUAUGCUCUGAGACGACUUCCAUGGAACGGCCCUAUCAAUCUUCCGCCUUAUUCCGAUCGGUGUAGACUAAUUGGAUUGGAGCCACUAUCGACCAGACGCGUUACAAUGCAGCGGAUGUUCGACAUAAUUCAAGGAGGUAAGUUGACAGCACUGAGAAGUGGCACCGUGUGGAACCACCGAAUAGGCCUUAAGGAAACCAACUCGUCAACAACUUGUUCAACCAUUUUUGAAGUGCCACCACGCUCCGGCGUUGAAUAA